AUUCUUCCAACACGCAACAGUUGACAUAUAUAUAUCCUUCUUGCGAAUACGAGAGAGAAAUUCUACAUCAAAUCAUCUUUUAAAUACCUAGUAUCUGAAACUUAUAUAAAGGUCCAGUGAAGUGACCCUCGGGACAACGAAAAACGAGUUGUGCACAAUCAGCCAAUCAUAAAAUAAUGAGCACCUCCCUCCCCAAAGCUUCUCAAGCAGGAACCUGUAGCAAAAUGUGGGGUAGUCACGGCUGUUAGUAUUUCCGAUAACGCAAUUCAUCAUCAGUAUCAGUAACAGAUGCGAAAAAAGACCAAAAACAGAAGUCGCUCCUGCUUCCUUUGAUACCUCAUGCUUGCCCGCUGUAACCCUGUUUGGAGAUCUAGUUCUCUUUCGUUUCCCAAGCUGUUGAAGAGCAGAUUUCUGAUCAAAAGCGGACACGGUUACCAUAAAAUGGCUUCAAUCAUGCAAGAAGCAAAUCGUUUGAGGAAGGUGAUGGCGGAAGGAAAGGAGCCGGCAAUGGGUUGUUGGCAGAUGAUUCCCGGUGCUAAUGUGUCGAGGACCUUGGCGAGGACGGGUGUUGAUUGGGUGUUGGUGGAUUGUGAACAUGGAAAUAUAGAUGGUGAGUUGGCUCCAUUCUGGAGUCUUUUUGAUAUACCUUCUAAACUGAGGAUACUCCAAUUGUACACGAAAGAUGGUGCAUGGUAUAAGUACCCCCAUCUAUCAGAUCUCCUGUUGUAGCUCUUACCUUCAUGAAAUGUUGGGCGUAUGCAGUCAUUCAGCCUAGGAAGAUCUACUACACCAAGUGGCAUGAGUCACCAUUGUGAUGUUUUGGCUCCGGACUAUAGUGGACAACAAGGGAGUCUAGAUUCUUGAAGCAUUGAAGGUACUAUGUUCCUUCGAAACAAUAACUUCAUUCGAGAAUGGAUAUGUGUUCAAAUAUUCAAGAAUUCUCGAACAUUAGGAAACUCAGAAUCUAGACUUCACUUGCACCAGGGUGUCCAACAGUCCAGACGAAUAGGCGGAAAGUGAGUUUUUAACAUCUGAAAAUGAUUCAAUAUCCGAAGUGAAUUCGGCAUUUUAUAUGGUAAGAGCACUCCAAGUACACAAAAGCUUCAAAGGAUUUGAAUGUUCUAAACGAUUACAAUAUUCGAAAGAAUCUUGUUACCGGAAUGCUGUCUGGACUGUUGAGCACUCUGGGAGUUUGGACUAACAGAAAUUCUGUCAUUACCCAAUACCUAUUUAUUACUGCGAUUCCCUUUCUCAUAUACACUUGCCUGCCUGAUCUUCAAGAUCGAGAAUCAAUGGGAUUUCAAAUGACAUUUUAGAUAAUUUGUCGCAGCUUAUCUAAUGCUCAGCAGAUGCCGCAAUGCAUGAUGCGGUCCCGGCAAUUGCUGCUUGUGGAGUCAGCCCAAUAGUCAGAAUUCCUGAUAAUCAAGGAUGGAUGGUCAAACGUAAGUCACCAAGCUUUGUCCCCAUAUGUUUGGAGAUAUUAAUAGCCUUAACAGGAGCUUUGGAUUGUGGGGCUCAUGGUGUACUUGUACCUCUCCUAUACACAGCUGAGGGAGCCGAACAGCUCGUGAAAAGUGCCAAGUUUCCGCCUCAAGGCCAGAGAGGUUUCGGAUCACCAUUUCCUCAUGAACGCUUCGAUCCCGAAUUGAACUCUGAUGCAUAUUUGAAGCAAGCCAAUGAUAGCAUCCUAACCAUGGUACAAAUCGAAACCAAGGAAGCGCUGGAGAAUAUUGAUGCCAUUGCUUCUGUCCCUGGUAUUGAUGUUCUUUUCAUCGGACCUUUCGAUCUUGGAAAUAAUAUCGGUCAUCCUGUCGUUGCGGGGCAAAUGCAUGAAAAUCUCCAUGCAGCAAUCGCAAAGAUCCUGAAAGCAGCAAAUGUGGCUGGGAAGAAGGCUGGAAUCUUUUGUACUAGCGGAGAGCAAGCGAAAGGAUACGCCGAUCAAGGGUUUCACAUGAUGAGUGUUGCAACAGAUAUGCAUAUCUUACCACAAGGUGUAAUUGCUGCUGUCAAUAAGGCAAAGGUCAAAAGAUGGACCUAAGUUGACCGGUCCUUAUGGUAGAUAAAUUGGUGGU